AUGGAGGGCAUUUGCAAGAGUAUCAAAGAUUCUGCUCUCACGUUGCUCCCAACUCUUGUUUUCGAUGAGUCAUCUGUGGAGGAGGAUCACAAGGGUGGAAAAAUAUUUGCCUUACUAAAAAAAUUGGUGCAACUCCAACCGAAGAGGCGCUGGACUCUAGAAGAUUUUAACUUGCAAGACGAUUUAUUAAAAGCUUGCUUGUUGUCUCUCUCAGUUUUCCCUGAGAACGCUGUCAUAAGGAAAAGAAAUGCAAUUAAUUUGUGGAUCGGAAAGAGUUUGAUUAAAAAUACGAAGGAGAAAACAGCGGAGGAAUUGGGUGAGAUUGUGGUUGAUAAUCUUUUGAAAUUGAAGGUGAUUGCACACUAUGGUAAUAGAAAGGAUCCCCUUGUCAAAAAAUUUCAAAUUCUUCCUGACAUCCGUCAUGGAGCUUUUUAUCCGCAAAUUAAAGCAGAUGGGUUAGAGCUUGAGCAAAAAAGAGUUAAACUAGGUGAUCGGUAUUUUGGUCACACUAUACGUACUGUUUUUAAUAUUGGUUCAAGUUACCUAAAUUUUAAACCGCAAUGGGUCACCGAUGAAUUGAAAGAUUUAGAGGUGCUUCAACUAGGACGUUGGCAAGAUUCAGCUUUGCAUCACAUUGAAGUUGGGAGUCAAGAAUUCUUGAAAGAGUUGAGAUAUUUAAAGAAGUUGAAAUAUCUGAGUCUUCGUGGGAUUUCGAACAUAUUCGAGCUGCCAUCCUCCAUUGGUGAACUUGAGAGUCUAAUAAUUCUUGAUCUGAAGGCAUGUCAUAAUUUGGAAAGACUACCAAAUGAUAUUUCAUCAAUGAAAAGUCUGACACAUCUGAUUAUGUCUGACUGUUGCUUGCUGGAGGGAAUGCCAAAGGGGAUUGAGAAGCUCACUAAUCUCCAAGUACUCAGAGGAUUUUUAAUAACUGCUUAUGAAAAGACUCCUUGCACAAUAUCAGAUCUUGCUUAUAAUUUGACAAAUUUAAGGCGACUCAGCAUACGUAUUGGAAGUGAGGCCGUGAUAUGGGGUGGGGAGUUCCGAAGUUUGCAAAAUUUUCCAUCACUAAAGCAUCUCAAAAUAUCUUGGAGUGUGUCUGACCCAAGGUAUGCUAAAAUUGGUAUCCAUUUGCCAGUAAGUUUGAAAAAGUUGCAUCUUGAAUGUUUUCCUGGAAAGAGUCUUCUAGGAUGUUUUCCAAUGUCCAUUAGAAGAUCACAUAUACUAGCACGUGAGCUAAAUAUAUAA